UAGGGGAAGAUGGCGGCUGCUCUUUUGGAGGAGUGGGAUUGAGAGGGGAGGGAGGAGGCCAGGCAGGAGAGACAUUCCUGACUGUGAAGACGAACAUUUCGCUCGCUAGUCAUUAGGAGCUCUGCUCAGCGCCACAGGUGUCAUAGAAGGAAAACAUCACCAUGGCUACAGAAAUUGGUUCUCCUCCUCGUUUUUUCCAUAUGCCAAGGUUCCAACACCAGGCACCUCGACAGCUGUUUUAUAAGCGACCUGAUUUUGCACAGCAGCAAGCAAUGCAACAGCUUACUUUUGAUGGAAAACGAAUGAGAAAAGCGGUAAACCGAAAAACCAUAGACUAUAAUCCAUCUGUAAUUAAGUAUUUGGAGAAUAGAAUAUGGCAAAGAGACCAGAGAGAUAUGCGGGCAAUUCAGCCUGAUGCAGGUUAUUAUAAUGAUCUGGUUCCACCUAUUGGAAUGUUGAAUAAUCCUAUGAAUGCAGUAACAACAAAGUUUGUUCGAACAUCAACGAAUAAAGUAAAGUGUCCAGUAUUUGUUGUUAGGUGGACUCCAGAAGGAAGACGGUUAGUCACUGGAGCCUCUAGUGGAGAGUUCACCUUGUGGAAUGGACUCACUUUCAAUUUUGAAACAAUAUUACAGGCUCACGAUAGCCCAGUGAGAGCCAUGACUUGGUCACAUAAUGACAUGUGGAUGUUGACAGCGGACCACGGAGGCUAUGUGAAAUAUUGGCAGUCGAACAUGAACAACGUCAAGAUGUUCCAGGCACAUAAGGAGGCGAUUAGAGAGGCCAGUUUCUCACCCACGGAUAAUAAAUUUGCUACAUGCUCUGAUGACGGCACUGUUAGAAUCUGGGACUUUCUUCGUUGCCAUGAGGAAAGAAUUCUCCGAGGGCACGGUGCUGAUGUGAAGUGUGUAGACUGGCAUCCAACAAAAGGGUUAGUUGUUUCAGGAAGUAAAGAUAGUCAACAGCCAAUCAAGUUCUGGGAUCCCAAGACUGGGCAGAGUCUUGCAACACUUCAUGCGCAUAAAAACACAGUAAUGGAAGUGAAAUUAAAUCUCAAUGGUAACUGGCUACUCACAGCAUCACGUGACCACCUCUGUAAACUUUUCGACAUCCGAAACCUGAAAGAAGAGCUUCAAGUCUUCCGAGGUCAUAAGAAAGAAGCUACAGCUGUGGCCUGGCAUCCUGUUCACGAAGGACUUUUUGCCAGUGGAGGGUCUGAUGGCUCUUUGUUAUUCUGGCAUGUUGGGGUAGAGAAAGAAGUGGGUGGGAUGGAGAUGGCCCAUGAAGGAAUGAUUUGGAGUCUGGCUUGGCAUCCUCUUGGACAUAUCCUCUGCUCAGGCUCAAAUGACCAUACUAGCAAAUUUUGGACCCGAAACCGACCAGGUGAUAAAAUGCGAGAUCGAUACAAUCUAAACUUGUUGCCUGGAAUGUCCGAAGACGGAGUGGAAUACGAUGACCUUGAACCUAAUAGCCUGGCAGUAAUUCCAGGGAUGGGAAUACCAGAACAACUAAAAUUAGCUAUGGAACAAGAACAGAUGGGGAAAGAUGAAUCAAACGAAAUUGAAAUGACAAUUCCAGGUUUAGAUUGGGGAAUGGAGGAGGUGAUGCAAAAGGAUCAGAAAAAAGUACCUCAGAAGAAAGUUCCUUAUGCAAAACCUAUUCCUGCUCAGUUUCAGCAGGCUUGGAUGCAAAAUAAAGUUCCAAUUCCUGCCCCAAACGAGGUAUUGAAUGACAGAAAAGAAGACAUUAAAUUGGAAGAGAAGAAAAAAACACAAGCAGAAAUCGAACAAGAGAUGGCCACAUUACAGUAUACUAACCCACAGCUUCUGGAGCAACUUAAAAUUGAAAGACUUGCACAGAAACAGGCUGAGCAAAUUCAGCCUCCUCCUUCAUCUGGCACCCCUCUCCUGGGACCCCAGCCCUUUCCAGGACAAGGUCCAAUGUCUCAGAUUCCUCAAGGUUUUCAACAGCCUCAUCCAUCUCAGCAGAUGCCAAUGAACAUGGCUCAAAUGGGGCCUCCAGGUCCACAGGGACAGUUUAGGCCCCCUGGACCGCAGGGACAAAUGGGACCACAGGGUCCUCCACUGCAUCAGGGAGGUGGGGGGCCACAAGGAUUCAUGGGACCACAAGGGCCCCAGGGCCCACCCCAGGGGUUGCCAAGGCCUCAGGACAUGCAUGGGCCCCAAGGAAUGCAAAGGCAUCCUGGACCUCAUGGCCCUUUGGGACCUCAAGGACCACCUGGACCACAGGGCAAUUCUGGUCCUCAAGGUCAUAUGGGUCCUCAGGGCCCACCUGGCCCACAAAGUCACAUAGGCCCCCAAGGCCCACCUGGUCCCCAGGGUCACUUGGGCCCUCAGGGACCUCCUGGUACUCAAGGUAUGCAGGGACCACCUGGUCCCAGAGGAAUGCAAGGACCUCCCCAUCCUCAUGGGAUGCAAGGUGGGCCAGGGUCUCAAGGGAUCCAAGGUCCUGUGUCUCAGGGACCUCUGAUGGGAUUGAAUCCAAGAGGAAUGCAGGGUCCUCCAGGCCCCCGAGAGAACCAGGGUCCUGCUCCCCAAGGGAUGAUGCUGGGCCACCCGCCUCAAGAGAUGAGAGGACCUCAUCCUCCAAGUGGACUGCUGGGACAUGGCCCUCAGGAGAUGCGAGGUCCUCAGGAGAUGCGAGGCAUGCAGGGGCCUCCACCCCAAGGAUCAAUGCUGGGCCCUCCCCAGGAAUUGCGAGGGCCUCCAGGCUCACAAGGUCAGCAGGGGCCGCCCCAGGGCUCUUUGGGACCUCCACCCCAGGGUGGCAUGCAAGGGCCCCCUGGACCUCAGGGACAGCAGAACCCGGCAAGAGGGCCACAUCCAUCUCAAGGGCCAAUACCAUUCCAGCAGCAGAAAACAGCUCUGCUAGGUGAUGGGCCCCGGGCCUCCUUCAACCAGGAAGGACAGAACGCAGGCCCCCCACCCCUGAUACCAGGCCUAGGGCAGCAGGGAGCACAAGGUCGCAUCCCCCCUCUUAACCCUGGACAAGGACCUGGCCCUAACAAAGUCUCAUCCUAUGGAAGCGGUGGCCAACAGGGAAAAAGAGAAAGCAUCAAGAACCAAUCUCUGGAUUUGGGGACCCUAAGAAAAGAAGUCUGUUUCCCACAAGGGACCAAAGGGAGAAGGGAGAGCCGAGAAAGUGGCCCCGCCGUCCCCUACUGGAUUAACCAGCGCCGCCGCCCGUCACCGGGGGCCACAUCCCUUCUGAUUUGUAGUGGUGACUCACGUGGCCCUCCGAACCAUCACAUGGGCCCAAUGUCAGAGAGACGGCACGAGCAGAGCAGCGGGCCCGAGCACGGUCCCGAGAGGGGUCCUUUCCGGGGCGGCCAGGACUGCAGGGGUCCCCCUGAUAGGCGCGGCCCUCACCCCGACUUCCCCGAUGACUUCAGCAGACCAGAUGACUUCCACCCUGACAAGCGCUUUGGCCACCGGUUACGUGAAUUUGAGGGCCGAGGAGGACCUUUACCGCAAGAAGAGAAGUGGAGGCGUGGGGGCCCCGGGCCUCCGUUUCCUCCUGAUCACAGGGAGUUCAGUGAGGGGGAUGGCCGGGGCGCGGCCCGGGGCCCUCCAGGGGCCUGGGAAGGCCGCAGACCUGGAGACGAGCGCUUCCCCCGGGAUCCUGAGGACCCACGGUUUCGAGGGCGCAGAGAAGAAAGCUUCAGACGAGGAGCCCCCCCGAGACAUGAGGGCCGUGCUCCCCCCAGAGGAAGGGAUGGUUUUCCUGGUCCCGAAGACUUUGGACCAGAGGAGAAUUUUGAUGGUUCUGAUGAAACAGCCCGAGGAAGAGAUCUCAGAGGUCGAGGUCGGGGUACCCCACGAGGAGGAAGGAAGGGUUUACUUCCCACUCCUGAUGAGUUCCCUCGCUUUGAAGGAGGUCGGAAACCAGACUCCUGGGAUGGAAAUAGAGAGCCAGGGCCAGGUCAUGAACAUUUCCGUGAUGCUCCCCGCCCUGAUCAUCCCCCUCACGACGGUCAUUCCCCAGCUAGCAGAGAACGGUCCUCUUCUCUCCAAGGCAUGGACAUGGCAUCCCUACCACCCCGAAAGCGCCCCUGGCAUGAUGGGCCAGGAACCUCUGAGCAUAGAGAAAUGGAAGCCCCAGGGGGUCCUUCUGAGGAUCGAGGAGGCAAAGGCCGAGGGGGCCCCGGACCUUCUCAGAGAGUGCCAAAGUCCGGACGUUCCAGCUCCUUGGAUGGAGAUCACCAUGAUGGAUACCACAGAGAUGAACCUUUUGGGGGCCCUCCAGGCAGUGGUACCCCUUCUAGAGGGGGCCGGAGUGGCAGUAACUGGGGUAGAGGGAGUAACAUGAACUCUGGCCCGCCAAGGCGAGGAGCUUCAAGGGGGGGUGGAAGGGGUCGGUAGAAGUUGGGGCUCAAUACCCCUCGGCCUCUCUGGACAGUAUUUAAGAACUUCUGUGGACUUUCCAAGAGAAACAAAAGGAAACCUGCACCGUGUAGCCCUGAACUCUUUCUGGGGCAGCUGAAUCCCAGGAGCCCCUGAUGUCUUCAAGAUGAAGAGACUGCUGCCACAGUAGCUGGCUACCCAGAGUAGCUGGCCUUGUUUUGUCCUGUCCACCCACACUGCCCUAAAUCCCACGUGGGCUUGUGAAGAUAAGAGCUGGAAUUUUUUUUUCUUUUUUUUUUAAAGUGUCACAAGACAUGGAACCUCCACAAAUUUAAGUUCAUGUCCAAUUGGAAAUUUGUUUCUAUAUGUACAGUUUGUCAGAGAAAAAGUUGUUUUUGUAUGAAUACAGAAUGUGAUUUACGCAAGAAUUAACAGAAAACAA